CCAUCUUCCUCCUCCUCUCUUGACAGCUCCAGCAGCUCUAGUCAGGAGUGACAGGAAUACCUGCUCUCCCUAACUCCACGCAGACACAGACAGCAGGGGCAGAGGGGAGAUGUGUCCACAGGAAGAAACCCAGUGUUUUAGGAAGAAGAUCAUUUUACUGAUUUUGUUCCCGAGCUGACCAGAUCUUACUUGGCAAAGGUUGUGCUGGUGGAGUGUCCAAGAAAAGAAGAAAACUGUUCGUGCAGCAAAAUAAUGAUGGUAGAUCUGAAGGUGGCUGACUGUUUGAACCCUCAGAUCAGGGUUCUGUCAGAAAGCAAGGGGCCUGUGAUAGAGAGUUCCAGUCACAGUAAGAAAUGUACCUCACAAACGGACAAUCCCAGUCCUGAAAGCUGUCGCCAGCACUUCCGGAAUUUCUGCUAUCAGGAAGCAGCAGGACCCCGUGAAAUUGUUGGACAACUUCAGGAAUUAUGCCGUCAGUGGCUCAGGCCAGAGCUCCACUCAAAAGACCAGAUCUUGGAACUGCUUGUGCUAGAACAGUUUGUGACCAUUCUACCCAGGGACACCCAGAGCCGGAUAAGGAAGGACCAUCUACAGAGCAUUGAGGAGGCUGUGGCCCUGGUAGAGCACUUGCAGAGGGAAUCUGGUCACGCGAGGAAUGGGGUUGCAGUCCAAGAGCUGGGAAAGGAGGCAGUGCUCUUGGGAGAAACAGCAGAAUCUCAGCCAGUGGGCAUGUCCCAGGAUGAAGAAUUCUGGAAAACAUACCAGGGUCUGCAAGAACAGCUGAGCGGGAGUGCUCAUCCAGGAACUGAGCCUGUGUGUGACGGGGCUGUGCCUGCUCACCAGAUCCUAGCAUUUCCUGUGCGGACAAACACUAAAGACUGGACCGUGGCACCUGAGCUCGUGUUGCCUGAGUCCCAGAGCUUGUUGACAUUUGAAGAAGUGGCCAUGUAUUUUUCCCAGGAGGAAUGGGAGUUACUGGAUCCCACUCAGAAGGCCCUCUACAAUGAUGUAAUGCGGGAAAACUAUGAGACUGUCAUCUCUCUAGCUGUGCCUGUUGACCAGCUCCUAGCCUUUCCUGAGCAGAUAAUCACCAAAGACUGGACAGUGGCACCUCAGCUCAUCUUCUCUGAGUCCCAGAGCUUGUUGACAUUUGAAGAAGUGGCCAUGUAUUUUUCCCAGGAGGAAUGGGAGUUACUGGAUCCCACUCAGAAGGCCCUCUACAGUGAUGUAAUGCGGGAAAACUAUGAGGCUCUCAUCUCUCUAGCUGUCCCUGUUCACCACAUCCUAGCCUUUUCUGAGAAGACAGACACCAAAGAUUGGACAGUGGCAUCUGAGCUCGUGUUGCCUGAGUCCCAGGUGAGCUGCGCGAUCCAGCUGUUAAGGGCUGUCUUUCCCUGCUGCCCAGGACACACACUGCCCAGCUCACAGAGCUUGUUGACAUUUGAAGAAGUGGCCAUGUAUUUUUCCCAGGAGGAAUGGGAGUUACUGGAUCCCACUCAGAAGGCCCUCUACAGUGAUGUAAUGCGGGAAAACUAUGAGGCUCUCAUCUCUCUAGCAUUAUUUGUGCUCCCCAAACCCAAAGUGAUCUCCUGUCUAGAGCAAGGGGAAGAGCCAUGGGUUCAAGGGCCCUUGGAAUUCAAGAACAGUUCUGGGGAGUUGCCUUCAGGGUUAAAGGUCAAAUCUGACACUGAAAACCAUCAGCCUGUGUGUCUUUCUGACUUAGAAAUACAAGCGCCAGGAGACAUAGUAUCAAAAAAGACCUGGGUGAAAGUUCCCCAGAAAACAACAGGCAAAGAAAAUCAUGGUGAUGCACAUAGGAUGGGGAAGUGGCAUCAAGAGUUUCCAGUUAAUCAAACAAAGGAGCUUUCAAUCUGGGAAGAAGAGCUGCAGAGACUCAUGGAUCUUCACAAGAAAGCUCGUGCAGUAGAGAAGCCUUUUACAUGCCAGGAGUGUAGGAAAAACUUCAGACUUACCUCUGAUCUUACUAAACACAAAAAAAUUCACACUGAAGUGAAGCCGUAUAAAUGUCAACAUUGUGGUAAGAGCUUUAGAGGGAAAUCAGAUCUUAAUAAACACAUAACAAUACACCAAGGAAUAAAACCAUAUAAAUGCUCUUGGUGUGGGAAAAGCUUCAGUCAAAAUUCAAAUCUCCGUACACACCAAAGAACUCAUACUGGAGAGAAACCUUUUAUGUGUUAUGUAUGUGGAAAGAAAUUCAGUCAGAAUUCCCACCUUAGUAAACACCGGAGAACCCACAUGUAGCAUAAGCAUGAGAAAGUUUAGCAGGAAUUCCAGCCUUCUUGUGUAUCAGAAAUACUAACACUGAACAGAAGGAAGCCUAUCCAGCGUCCUUAGUCUGAAGAAAUUCACCAAGUAGAGCUUAGCCCUGAAGUUUAUGAAAAAUAUAAAAUUAUAAAGCAUGAAUAAUUCAUCAUCGGAAAAUUUGGUGAUAAAAAUCAAGGUAGACUUUACAGGGGACAUGUUAGUUGUACUAGUUACAUUUUUACUAAUAAAUCAGGGAAUUCCUAACAAGAAAGGUGUACAGGGGACAUUCUGAGUACAGAAUGUACUAUUUCAUGAUUGUUCCUGGCAAUUAGCAAAUUCAGCUUCAAAUAGCAAAUAUACCCAUGAAUUAAUCAGUCUUCUGUGAUCAUCGUGUUGUUGGUUUUACAUUGCUCUCCCAGCCACUUUAAACACAUGAUGGAAACAUUUGUAGCAUGGGCUUCCAAAACAAGAAAGAAUAACCUGCAUGUUUAAUUGGAUACCAUUGCCUUCAUGUUAUUAAGCUUACCAAUUUCGAGAGUCCUAUGGGGCAAAAAAGUUCUAUUAUCAAGUUUUCCAAGAACCAAAUUGGAUUUUCUUCCUCUCCUUUGUCAUUGGACACUGUUCCCCGCAUUGGAUAUCAUUUGAGUUCCUUCUUGAACAUUUUAGUUCUUGAAUCAUUUUAGGACCAUUUUUAUUAUGAUGAAAUGCUAUUUACGUCACCACUAGGGAAUCUUCCAGAAGAAGUAAUAGUGCACUGACUUACACCUCUGACUGGUGGUGUUUGAUACAGGAAAAUGCCAAGAUUAUAUGGAAACGGGUUGGAAUUUUUAGCCAUGGAUUAUAUAUUAUAUGUAAAGAAGAUUGUAAUAAAAGAAUCUAGACAUUUUUUCCCCCUCACAAUGUCAACCAUAAAUAUUAGCACCUGGGGUCUAAAUGGAAAUUUAUGGAAGUUCAGUCAAAUCAGGUUUUUGUUCAUUGGCUUUUUAAUUCAGUUUUUGUUUACAAGAACAAAGAGGGUUGUUUCAAAACUGCAGUGUGUGCUGCAUGCAGGUUGUGGUUCACUGGGCGUGGCAGAAGGUUGGGUUCCCAGAAGGAAAGGUUUGGGAAUUGGUGCUGAGUGGUGGACAAGGACGGGUGAAUUUGCAUUCACGUUGGUUGUCUUACACUGUAAACUGGUGUUAAGCCAGCAGGGUCUCCCUGUAUCUGUUUUGUACACAGCGUGUAACUGCAGCCUUCAGGGGUGAACGGUAGAUGGUAGAACGCCUCUGUGGGCUGUGAAUCUUCUUACUGUCUACAGCAGUGACUCCCAUGUGUUCCUGUUAAGAGCUUUUAGAUGGUGUCAGGAAGGGGGUUAAGGGAGCUCCGGAACACCUUACAAAUGAGGUUAAGGCUCUGAUGCAGGGACUUUGUUCAAGACCCUGUUGCUCUGGGUCCUCUGGCUGUCAGCUGCGUCAGGGAGGCCCGAAGGCAGGAUGAGCGGGAUGUGCACGUUCUCCCUGCAGGGCUGGACUGGAUGACAUUGUGCUGUAUCUACUUCUGAGUUCUGAAACUUUCUCGUGGCUUGAUUGGUUCCCGAAACACGCACUGGCUUCCCUUUCCUCUGCUCCCCAGUGAUGUGCUGGGCAGACUGACCGCAGGGAGGAAACAGUUGUGUUUAUGGCUGUUUUCAGCUCCUUUGAGGAGUCGAGCACGGCUGGUGGUGAUUAUGCUCCGUUGGUUUGGUCCUUGGCUUCAGUACGUUACGGUGUAAGUCGCCUGAGCUGUGGGUCCGGUGCUCUCGGCAGGAUUUUGUUUCCUUGCCCAAGAUGAACUACGCCAAGUCUUACUUCUUAGGCACAGGCAGCUCUGAAGCUCUCGUCUGCAUAGCUGUUACCCAUCGCCUCGUCCUCAGGCUUUGGGUACCCUGUCUCAUCCCCCGGCCACGUGCGGACAUCUUCCUGGUGCUGCAUUCGUUCAGUCUCACGGGGGGCCUCUUAGGUGCCCAGGCACUGUUUGGUCCAGACUGGGAAUGCAGUAGUGGACCAAAGAGCAAAGAUAUGCCCUCGCAGGACUUGUAUUCUAGUGAAGGGUGUGGAGAAGAGUGGUGGUAGUUUGCUGCCUCAUGCAGUUAGGGUCAUGAGAUGGUUGUGGGUGAUGGGUUGUGAGCGGAAGCCCCACUUCUGGGCUGAAGCCUUUCUUUGUUGGUGCAAAACUCUAUAGUGUCCUUUCUACAGAAACAGGCCACAAGGUCAGAGUAUUCUGGAGUGCUGAGUCCCCCACAUGGAGAGCACUUGUCCUGGAGAGUCCCCCAGACUUGUUGUGACGGACUUUACAGGACUGAGAAAUAAACUUCUGUUAAACUAUGGAGAUGUCAGUGUUGUGUGUUUCCGCAGCAUAACCUGGCCUGUUUACAUCGAGACAGCUGUUCUUUUUUUUUUUUUUU